GUUUACCUUUAUUCGUCACCAAGCUUGGGAGUUGGGCGUUGUUUUCAUUAUGAAUGAAUUGUUGUAUUCUUUCGUUGUGUUUGUGCUGUUCUGUUGAAUUAUAAUUUUAUUUUAAUUAAUUAUAGCUCUUAGUAAACUCUAGUGUAUAGUUUCAAAGGUUUUACUUGCUAUACAGUUGUGGAAUUGAAAAGAAUUAUUGUUCAAAAUGAAGCAGCGAACUUUAGCAGGUAAUGUGGCAGUGGCUGUGUUCAUCCUAGCCAUGUGGUCGAUAAUGGUCGCUUUUUUCUCAGCCAGUUGGUUGGUCAGCGAUUACAGGAUAUCUGGAGCGCAGUUUGACAGACUGGGUCUAUGGAUGCACUGCUUCCGAUCGUUGCCUGAUCCACAUGACGAAUAUCAAAGGAGAUUUUUCAGUGGAUGUCGGUGGAUUUUUGAUCCCUUCACAACUGGAUAUCACCAGAUCAGGGGAUACCUCAUGCCUUGGUUCAUAGUGAUCACGCAGUUCUUCUUUCUGGUGGCCUUCCUUGGAGUUCUUGUCUCCUUCAUUCUUGUUCUGCUAUUUGUUCUCUGCUUCGGUCCAGGACAGAAACGGUUCUUGCAGCUUAUACGUCUCAUUGGGUUCAUACUCGUUGGUGCAGGCAUUUCGGGCGGCCUAGCCGUGAUCGUGUUCGCGCUGUUCGCGAACCGGGACGGAUGGAUGCCUGGACAUAGCAACAACUUCUUCGGCUGGGCGUUCGCGCUCGCCAUAUCCGGUGUCAUCGAAACGCUGAUCGCUGGUUCGCUGUUUCUAUUGGAGGCCAACAUACAGAAAAAGAAGCAGAAGUAUCUGGCCAAUUCGCAGCAGAAGUUCGAGCUUGAACAGGAAACUAAGGCCUGAGUUAACGGUAACACAGCGGAGGCAAACUGGACUGUUCACACCAUAGAGAAACAAUAGUGUAAGUAGAUAUCCCAUGGUAUAGGGCGUUUAUGUCGCAACUUUUACUGUUAUCUCAAGCUGAAUACUGUUGAUUAUUAUUUUUUUUUGA